AUAUCACCAUCAUCUUCAUCAUCAUCAUACCAUUCUUCCCAGCAAGAGAAACUUUCGGUUGUGUCCAUUGUCGGUAUGGGGGGUCUUGGUAAGACUUCGUUAGCUCAGUUGGUAUACCAAGACAAGUCAAUUGAAACACACUUCGGAAAAAAAAUGUGGGUGUGUGUAUCUGACAAGUUUGAUGUCUAUAGGAUUUUAAAAGAAAUUAUAGAAUCCAUUACUAGUGUUUCAUGUGGGAAUCCCUCAAAUUUCGACGUGUUGGCAAGACAAGUGAAAGAAAAACUAAUUGGUAACAAAUACCUGUUAGUAUUGGAUGAUAUAUGGAAUGAAGACGCCGAAGAUUGGGAAAAGCUGAAGGGAGUCCUUGUCCACGGUGUUGAAGGCAGCAAAUUAUUAGUCACUACACGCAGCCAAAAAGUUGCAUCUCUUGUUGGGGGCAAGGUCCACAAUUUACAAAAAUUACCAGAUGAGGUUUGUUGGUUUAUUAUGCAGAAGAAAAGUUCAAUUCCACUUUCUCAAAUUAUGAUGGCUAUUGGGCGAGACAUAGCAAAGAAAUGUGAUGGCUUACCACUUGCAGCAAAUUUUCUUGGAAGUUUAUUAUCCUUAAAAAGAGAUGAAAACUACUGGGUUUCAGUCAACAUCGAUAAGAAUUUGUGGGUUCAGCCGGAAAAUACACGAGUCAUAUCAAUCUUGAAAUUGAGCUAUGAUAAUUUAGCUUCGCCUUUGAAACAAUGUUUUUCGUACUGUUGUUUAUUUCCCAAAGACUGGGAAAUCGAAAGAGAGAUAUUGAUUUCUAUGUGGAUGGCAGAGGGAUUCAUUCAGUCCAAUAUUGAGGUAAAUAAUAGAUCUUUGGAAGAUAUAGGAAAUGAUUAUUUUGAGUUUUUGUUGCGAAAUUCAUUCUUCCAGGAUAUAAAGCAGGAUGAACUUGGUGUCAUCCUUACGUGUAAGAUGCAUGAUCUUGUGCAUGAUCUUGCUAUGAGUGUUGUAGAUCGUAACGAAUUUGGGAUUAAUGGGAAGGAAGAUGUUUCACAAAUUCGUCGUUUACAACUUGAACAUGACAAAUUAUCGUCAACAACAACUCCCCAAGUGCUGCGUAAGGCAAAGAAUUUGCGAACUAUUGUUGGUCUAAAGAGUUAUUCACCAAUCAAGAGGUUCUCUUCUAUUAAGCGUUUACGCGUAUUAUAUCUGGUCAGUCUUUUGGAUACAGAAGUUCCCUUUUCGAUUUCUGAGUUUAAACAUUUGAGGUUCCUGGACCUCUCACGUUUUGAACUUGAAUUGUCACAUGGGGUGUCAUUAAGUCAUUCUCUUAAUUUGCAGACAUUGAUAUUGCGUUUUUGCAAAUAUGUUUUUGGGUUUCUAGGUGAAAUUGGGCAUUUGAAUAAUUUGAGGCAUCUGGAUGUUUCAAAUUCUGAUAUUAAAGCUCUACCUGAAUCUAUCAUUAAACUAACUAAUUUGCAGAGGUUGGAUCUCCAUGGGUGCGAUCAGUUGGAAGGCGCCUUGCCUGAAAAUAUUGGCUUUUUAAGACAUCUAAGCUAUCUUAACCUUUCAGAUUCACCAAUUAGAAAAAUACCUGAUUCCAUCACUCACAUUAGGAAUCUAAAGACGUUGAAUAUUGUUGGUUGUUGUAACUUAGUUGCCUUACCUAGAGAAUUAGGAUCUUUGACAGGAUUAAGGUGCCUUGAUUUGAGAUUUACAAGUAUUAAAGUAUUGCCUGAAUCUUGCAUUAGUAACCUCUGUAAUUUGGAGAUAGUGACCUUUGUAUCUACAUGUGAGCUUCCAGAAGAAAUUAAGAAUUGGCCGAAAUUAAGGCAGUUGUUUAUUGAAAGAUAUGUGACCAUUGUAUCUACCAUGCCCAGAGGUAUCGAAAAGCUAACUUGCCUUGAAACGUUGAAGUCAUACACGGUAAGGAAAGAAGCAGAUAUUCAUAGUGGUCAUAGUGGGAUAAAAGAGUUAGCAGCGCUGAACUCCCUUCAGGUGUUGUAUAUAGAAAGGUUAGAGAAUGUGAGAGGAGGAAUUGAAGAUGCAGAGGGAGCAAAGUUAAAAGAUAAGCCAAUUUUAAGAGAAUUAUAUCUACGUUGGAGACCCAACGGAGAUGAUAAAGAUGAUGAUAUGGUUUUGGUGGGUCUUAGACCUCACCCCAAUUUGAGAUUGCUGGAAAUAAAUGGAUUCUCGGGUUUAAAUCUUCCGUAUAGUCGCCGGCUUCUGGUGUCAUUAAAUUUGCAGAACUGCAACAGGUGCGGGAAUCCUCCCGCUCUAGGUAUGCUUCCAUGUCUUAAGGAUCUUUGGAUUUCGAGAAUGAAGUCAGUCAAGUGUUUGGGUAGAGAAUUUUAUUACCAGCAACAAGAAGAAGAAAGUAGUAGCACCCAGAACUCAACAACUACAGCAGCAUUAUCAUUUUUCCCUUCUUUAGUUGAGUUGAUAAUCAACAAUAUGGAAAAUCUGGAAGAAUGGGUUGCUCCUCCUUCAUCUUAUGUUUAUGUUGAUGCCUUCCCUGUCCUUGAGACGCUAUAUAUGCAGGGUUGUCCAAAAUUGAGAAGCGCACCAAAUUCGUUUCCUUCUCUGAAGGAAUUGGAUCUGCACGGUAUUAACGGCAAGGCAGUAAACUCAAUCUUUUCUGCCAGUAGAGGAGGAUGUCUCACCUCUCUCACAUCCAUUGUCAUAGAAGAAUAUCCGGAGCUGAUAUAUUUCCCAUUGGGCGCACUACUCAAUAACAAUGCUCCGAAUCUCCAUUCUUUAUGCAUCAGAAAUUGCUCUAAGUUUCAAGGUUUUGGCGAUGAUGAUGAUCUAUACAACAACAAUAAUUCUCUCCGCAAGUUGGAAUUAGAUUAUUGCCCUGUUUUAACAACUCUACCGGAUUUACGAUUAUGGACUUCUCUUCGGGAAUUAACCAUCUUCAAGUGCGGCAAAUUGGAGGAGUCUAUACCGUAUGAUCUCAAGACAUCGCUCCGCUUUCUUCAUUCUCUGAAAGUCGAUUUUAUUCAAAGAGAAGAGGGACAGCUAUCAGAUCGAGAUGAAUAUGUAUCCAGGUUAAUCAAUUUGAUGGAGAAGUAAUUGAAGAUAUGUUUGCUGCAACUCCUUACAUCUCUUCCAGUUACUACCAACAGGAAGAGGUGAUUGAAGUAUUGAAAGUCAGAUGGGUGACUCUAUGCGCUGUGUUGCUACUUGCUAGAGAUAUGCAAGGAGAACAAGAUGUUGUUGGAAGUACAUAUGAUCGUAGUUAGACCAAAUUGCUAUUAUUGUGUUGGAGUUUUGCGUCAGCCAUUCUGCAUGGCUUCCAAGUACACAAGUGAGUGUAAAAACAUGCGAAUUAAUGAGACAAUAACUUUUGGAAUUAAUUGAAUUGUGAAAUUUUCUUGGCUCAGUCUGUUUCUCUGUUCCAAAAAUUACAUCAUGAAAUGGAAUCAGACAAUAACUUUUUAUAAGUA